ACAACGUCAGUUAUUGACCGAAGAGAGGAGGCUGGGCUUGGUGAACUUUUCUCUCUUGGCAGUGUCACUUGAGCGAGUGUCGAGACAUACAUACCAUACCGACUCUUCGAUUUUCAACUUUUUGAACAAACCGUCAGAUCUGUACUAAAAUCCUUCUUUUGAACAUGAGGCUGUGUGUUGCUGGGACUUGACAGGAGCUGAUCCUCCAGUGGCAGACAGAAUGAUGCUGCCCACUCCCUGUUACUCAACCACAGCUACUAACAGUAGGCGUGUCCCCCAGCUUAUCUGCUGCCAUAGAGAGUUCCAGAACACUCCAGAGGAGGACGACGAAACCUCUACCCCCUGCCCUGAUCUCCCCCCUGACCUCCACUCUGACCUCCGCCCCGACCUCCACCCCGACCUCCAACGUGACGGCUCCAUGGCUGGCUCUGCCCUCAGCAGUCGGAGGGCGGGGCCCAGCUACACGCCGUAUCAGCCUCCUGUAGGCCUCCCAGUCGGGUACAGCCAGCCUACCCCGUUCCCCAGCCAGGCUGAUGGCUCCUGGCUUCACCCCAGCUACACCAGUGCCUGGCCUGGUCCUUACCCCAGCAGCCUGCCCUCCCGCCUCACCCCUCCGAACCACCCCAGCUACCCAGGGGAGAGCUGCUACUCCCGGGGAAGGUCCCUGUCCCUCACCCCCCUGCCGGGCCGUGACAGCCCUAGUAUGACCAGCCUGGAGCAGCCCCACUCCCUUCACUCCAUCCCCCUCUCAGCAGGCUUCUACCACCACUCUCUGACUCCAUACACCUGCUGUGCCCAGUGCCCUGUGGAGGGCUUCAACAUGGGCCCCUACCACAGCCCCCAGCCCAUCGCUGGUUACCGCCUACCCUCCAGGCCCAUGUAUAACUACAGACUGCCAGGUGCAGGCGACGUGCAAAGUGGCCACAUGAGUCCCCAUCCUAACCCCUGCAGUGCCCCCCUCUCUGUGGAACAAAGAAGGGUGUUUGUGACGUACGAAGCCGACAGCGAUAAACACGUCAAACAGAUCAUCAACUUUGUGGCGUUGCUGAGACACAAUGGCUUCGAUACACACAUCGAUAUGUUUGAGCAGCAGUUCCGGAGCAUCAGUAAGAUCGACUUCAUGGAGCGCUACCUCAGCGAGAAGGAAUACCUCAUUAUCAUCAUCAUCAGUCCAAAGUACCAUGAGACUGUGACCUCAUCACCGGUCAGCUUAGAGAACGACGAGAGGAUCCUCAACACAGUCUACAUACACAAACAGCUGCAGAAUGAGUUCAUUCAGAACGGCAGUAAGAACUUCCGGUUCAUCCCUAUCCUGUUCCCUGGGGCUAGAAAGUGUCACGUCCCUACGUGGCUCCAGAACACUCAUGUCUACAGCUGGCCUAGGGACAGAGAUGACGUCCUACGUCGCCUGAUGAGAAUAGAGAAAUACAACCCUCCUCCUAUUGGGAAGCUACCGACCAUCGUCUCUAUCCCCAUCUAACAGCACAGCGCCCCCGCUGGACUGGAGGACCGACAGCCGAUUUAAACCAUAAAGCUUCAGCCACACAAAGACUCAUAAAUAUGGAUUAAAUCAUAGUGUCUGUUUUUGUCUGUCGUAAAUUAAACUCAAGUCAACUAUUUUCGGACAAGUUGCAUCCAUAAAAAGACGAUGUUCUUUGAGACCAUCUCUGUGGUCCUUCAGUCAAUCUGUAAUUUUCAGACACAAAAUCUCUGUUUGGCAGUGACCUAACAGUCAGAAUGGACCUCUGCUCUGAAGACAUCCUCACCCUCCAGAUUAGAACCUGUUGCUGAUCUGGGACCAGUGAAAUACUUUACCUGGAUCUUUAUAGGAUUCAACCGGAGACAGAUCUUCUAUGAUCUGUUAACAACUGUUUUAUCUGCUAUGAUCUAACAACUGUUUUAUCUGCUAUGAUCUAACAACUGUUUUAUCUUCUAUGAUCUGUCAACAACUGUUUUAUCUGCUAUGAUCUGUUAAUAACAACUGUUUUAUCUGC